AAUGUCUGUGUUGCUCUCUCUCUCUCCCCUGUCAUUUUUGUGGCCCUGAGGCUGUCACAAGAAUCCAAAGCCUGCACAUUUCUUUGGGUCUCUUCAUCUUUUGCCCUACGUCCCAGCUUUACUUUACUUCUCCCCUCCUCUCUAUUUGUUUUCCGGCUCCUACGAGCAAAGCGAGCUCAGCCUCCUCUGCUGCCACAUCUUCCGCCGCCGCCGCCGCCGCCGCCACGGUUGCUGGUAAACCUUGCGUCCAUCACGGCCUACUGCGGUAUCUCCGGUCUCAACUUCUAUUUAUAAGGGCUUCUAUCUCCAGACGGUCUUCAUGUGGACACCGUGAAUUGAUUUUUGUCUUUGCUCCUUUUUAUCUAUAAUAUUCUGCUCUUGGUCCUUCAUCCGAGGAUGAGAGUUCACAAAAAUCGUUUUUUUGUCCUGCUUCCCUUUCUCCCCUUUAUUCACGCAUUGUUGGAACACUUGGGAUUCAGAAACUGUCCUGGUUUUGGGAAAACCUUGUGUUGUAAUGCAAUGGCCCUUUAGGCGCAAUUUGUUGUUCAUAACCUGCAGUAGACCAAUGGUGAAGUUUCUUUCUGAUGAUCUAUAGUUGUGUUUGUCUUGUGGGAGUCGAUUAACGGAUUGUGAUUCUGGACCAGUUUAGUUAUGACUUCAGAUACUGAGAAAAGAGACAAUUUGAUACUGUGUUCCUAAUUUUGAGGUUGUCGGGUUUGCUUGGCAAUAGUUAUUGAAAGAGCUCUUCUAUUAUUUGUUCUUGUCAUCCUCUUCGCCCUAUGUAGAAAUCGCACAUUCUUCUGCUUCUGACCAUCUUGGUCAAAUAGAUUGCCCGUUCUAUCAAAGGAGCUCAUUCAGAGGGAAGUUAAUGCCAUAUUACAACUUUCUGCUGUUGAAAUACUUGUCAAAUGGCUAAGAAGAUUGGGAAAUCCUCUGGUGACAUAGAAGAAGGGUCAAAUCACUGCCAUGGUAACGAGAGCAAUGAAGAAAGUAUUUGCUACUCAGAUGCUGAAGAGCACUCCUGGCAUUCGCCGAAUAGCUCCCACCGUGAUAGUUCAGCUUAUGAUGAUGAUCGUGCCUCGGCUGCAUCCUGCCGUGAGAUUGAUGAAUUUAGAGCUCCCUGUAGGAAAUCCUGUGUCUCUGAUUCUUCACUUGAUCACGACGAUCCUGAGAGUGGAGACUCAGAAGUAAAGGUGGAUAUGAGUAAAGCUGAGCGAGAUUGCAGGAUUUGUCAUCUCAGCUUGGAGAGGGCGUCUCCGGAGUCAGGUGUCCCGAUUGUAUUAGGCUGUUCUUGCAAGGAUGAUUUAGCUGCUGCCCAUAAGCAGUGUGCUGAGACAUGGUUUAAAAUCAGGGGAAACAAGAUUUGUGAGAUUUGUGGUUCAACUGCACGGAAUGUUGUUGGUUCAACUGAGACUGAGACUGUGGAGCAGUGGAAUGAGGCUACUACCGGAACUGUUCCGACGCCACCAUCAGAAGCUCGGAGCUUUUGGCAGGGGCACCGUUUUCUUAAAUUCCUUCUCGCUUGUCUUGUGCUCGCCUUUGUCGUCUCAUGGCUAUUCCACUUCAAUGUGCCGGGAUAAACUUCAAAUGAUUUCCGAGUAGCACUGGCACCGUAACUGCAUUUCCCUUUUCGCAUAAACAAACAAAGAAUGAACAAUACUAAGCGAGAGGCACUUGAUGGGUCGUUUGAAUAUUCGGUGUGCUACCGGUUUGAUGAAGGGAACACAAAGCUAAAUAACUAGCUUUUUGGUUGCCCUUUAUUAGUCUGCUUUGUGGUGCGAUUAGGCUUAUUGUGCACCUAAGUGUUUAUCAUUUGCAAGGUAUGAUCAUGCUGUAGCAGCUUGUGCUUUUUUAUGUUCUGAAAAUCAAUUUAUUGAAAACCAUGACGCCAGGGACUCAGCUCCUGCUUUUCAUUAUUUGCAUGAUUGGAUGUUGAAUGUUUAAGGUGCAGGAUGAAACCAUGAACAUCACUGGCAGGAAUAAAUCAAAACUUAGUAUA